GCUUUUGGAAAGACGGAGWGGCUGGGGGACCCUCUGGACCCCAGUGGGUUUUUGUUUUCAUGYAGAUUUGAGGAGAUCUAAAGAAACACCGCUUCAUGGAUAUCUUUAAAACCUGGCUCUUUGAGUUGAGCGGUAGAUUCUGGUGAUUGCAAGUCUCAGGUCUUAAGAUCUGCUGCUCCAAGGAAAGUCCUGACAGGCGUAUCGAUCUCUGGGUUUCCACCAGUUUGGCACCAUGGGAUCCUCCACAUUAGGAAAGGCAGCRUCUCUUGAUGCUCUUCUUAAUGAAUGCAUUUAUGCAUUUGAUGACAGCGGGGAGCUACAUGGUAACCUACUUCCUCGAACCCUCCUGCUGAUGCAUCGCUGGUACGUUACAUCCUCUGAGCUGGCUGGAAAACUACUGAUGAUGUACCGUGACUGCAGAGGCACCGACUGUCAGAAGACCAGGCUAAAGAUUUGCUUGUUAAUGAGGUACUGGAUAGUGACGUUCCCUGCAGAGUUCAACCUGGAUUUGGGGUUGAUCCGGAUCACAGAGGAGUUCAGAGAAGUGGCAACUCAGCUUGGCUGCGAGGAGCAUUUUAAACUCAUUGACAUCUCCACCAUUCCAUCGUACGACUGGAUGCGGAAACUGACCCAGAGGAAGAAGCAGGUUAAGAAAGGCAAGGCGUCGCUGUUGUUUGACCAUUUGGAGCCCAUGGAGCUGGCAGAGCAUCUCACCUUUCUGGAGUUCAAGUCGAUACGGAGAAUAUCAUUCACUGAUUACCAGAGCUACGUCAUCCAUGGCUGUCUUGUGGACAACCCAACUCUGGAGCGAUCCAUCGCUCUGUUCAAUGGCGUGUCACAGUGGGUCCAACUGAUGGUGCUCAGCAAACUCACCCCUCAGACCCGCGCAGAAGUGAUCACCAAAUACAUCCAUGUGGCUCAGAAACUCCUGCACCUGCAGAACUUCAACACUCUAAUGGCGGUGGUGGGAGGACUGAGUCACAGCUCCAUUUCUCGACUGAAGGAAACUCACACUCACCUCGCUCCAGAGGUUGUGAAGAUCUGGAACGAGAUGACUGAGCUGGUCUCCUCCAGCAACAACUACUCAAACUACCGAAAGGCCUUCUCUGAGUGCCGGAGGUUUAAAAUCCCCAUUCUGGGCGUGCACCUCAAGGACCUGAUUGCAGUUCACGUGGUCUUUCCGGACUGGGUCGGUAAGAGCAAUCAGGUGAACCUCGUGAAGAUGCAUCAGCUCUACAUGACCUUCAAUGAGCUGGUGUCACUGCAGAGUGCAGUGGCCCAGGUGGAGCCCAACAUGGACCUCAUCUACCUGCUGACGCUUUCUCUUGACCUUUAUUAUACAGAAGAUGAGAUUUAUGAGCUGUCGUUGCUGAGGGAACCUCGUAACUCCAAAUCUCAGCCUACCUCUCCAACUACUCCUAACAAGCCUUUGGCCCCUCUGGACUGGGCCUCUGGCGUCACCACCAAACCAGAUCCCUCUGUGGUCAAUAAACACAUCCGGAAGGUGGUGGAAUCUGUCUUUAGGAAUUAUGACCACGACCAUGAUGGUUACAUUUCCCAGGAAGACUUUGAGAGCAUUGCAGCUAACUUUCCCUUUCUUGAUUCCUUCUGUGUUUUGGACAAAGAUCAGGAUGGGUUAAUCAGUAAGGAUGAGAUGAUAGCGUAUUUCCUGCGGGCUAAUCCUCUUCUCCAGUGUAAGAUGGGACCAGGAUUCAUUCACAAUUUCCAGGAGAUGAACUACCUGAAGCCCACGUUCUGUGAACAUUGUGCUGGAUUUCUGUGGGGGAUCAUCAAACAAGGUUACAAGUGUAAAGACUGUGGCGUUAAUUGUCAUAAACAAUGCAGAGAACUGCUGGUUCUGGCCUGUAGGAAGCUGAUUCGCUCAGGUUCUCUAAGCAGCAUCUCUCCAGCCAGACUGGCCCACAGCUCGCUGCCCAGCAGCCCCACACAGCCCACCUGUAAAGACGAAGACGACGUGUUCGAGUUCCCAGCUGUCCCUUCAGCAGGUCCAGCUCUGGACACUCAGUCCAUCACCCUAAUGACGGGWUCAGCCCAGAGGAUCUCUGUGCGUCUGCAGAGGGCCACCACCAGCCAGGCCACGCAGACCGAGCCCCUCUGGCCUGAACUGAGCUGGGGGGUCACGGACAGCGGCUCCCACACCUUCCCCAAAAUGAAAUACAGGACUCACAGGAAAAUGUCUAAAAAYAAAGGUUUCGCCUGUUGGGAAAAUCAGAAUGACAGGCRGCAUGAGGGGAUUUCCUUCAGGUGCAGUGUGGACUGUCAUCAGAACAAGCCCGAUGUCUCUGACCAGCCUGCGCAGAACGGGGUAACAAAUGUAAGACAAGCAACAGAAUUACUGCUGACUGAAACUGAGAAUCACGUUUCAGCUCCAAAUGAACUGGGCCARUUUGUGUCCUGUCAUCCUUGUCAGACGCUACCACAGCUGGAAGAGACUGUGGUCCCAAACAUAUAAGACCUGCUCAAUAAUGCAAGAACCCCAAACUUAUGGGUUUGCUCCACCAUUUUUUGACUUUAAUAUCAUCACUCCUAACAAAACAAACAUUUAGUUUAUUGUCUCUAAUUUUACCUACAUAUAUUGACAAAGUCAGUUUCUUGACUUGAGGCAAAGUACUGAUCAUACUGGUCAAAUAUUACUCCARUAAAGUAGCCCUGUCAAUUUAUUACUUGAGUUAAAGUACUGGAGUAUGUGUAYCUACAAUUUUGAAGUUUUUCCAACAAUGGAUUACACUAGUCGAAAAUAACUGGGAAAUUUUUCACAGAGGUUUUUACUUGUUAUUAGUAUUUGUAAGUUUGCUGAAUUGAAAAUAAUAUUUGUUAUAAUAAACUAAAAACAAUUUAAUAAAGUUUAUUUGGUAUAAAUUCAUUUAAAAUGGCCCAAAAGUCUAAAACACUGUAACUUAGGUCUUUAAUUAAAUGAGUGCAUGCUGAAAUCAUUAAUCAGGAUGUAAACAUGGACCCCCAGUAGUGCUGAACCAUAGAAUCCUUCUUCUUCUUCUUCUUCUCUUCAGAACCGAUUUAAAGCAGCUUAUCACCACUUACUGUAUAGAGUUAUAGUGUGUAAUUUUACUGAGUGUCAGUGGAACAAAACAGAUGCAAACUACGUAAACACGACCUCCACCUCUGCUCCUGACGCUGAACACUAUUAAAGAGGUGUUUGAGGGGUGUCGCCUAGUGGUUCAGAGCAGUACUGCACUUUAAGACCCUUCUUCCAUUUUUGGCUUUGUGUGAAAUGCAUGUGACCACAAGUUAACAUAUGUUUGCAAAUAUUUCUGACACAAAAGUAACCUUUUAMCCCCCUUCUCUUUACCUUAAGGACAGCUGACUUGGCCAGACCAAUGAAGACUGGGGCCACAGGACCAAGACCAGGCGGCCUUUCACUAAGGGGACCAGGAGGCUCUUCUCACUGAGGAAGACUCUGGGCUGCUUGAGGUUCCCCUUCAGUGGCCAAAUUAUCUCGACCUCCAGAGUGUGAAGAAGAAGCUGUGAUCUGCUAUAAAUCCCUUUAAUGACUUUUUAACCUAAGGAGCACUAUAGAACACUGGAUCUCAGACUUCUGUUCACACCUGGAUGAACAUUACACAGAGCUUUUAGAAAAGAAAAAGCAAACUGACUGAAAAUAUCAUAGAAAUGUGUAAUGUGUUCAGGUGAGUGGCUCAAAUCCACAGAUCACAGAAAGCAGGAUGGAUGUUGGAGAGAAUGUAAAUAAGUAAACGUGUAAAUUAAGCUGCAAAUAAAAGGAAARGCAACCUGAAGGUGAA